AUGGAGUCAGUGUUUUUAUGUCUGACUCUCUUCCUCCUAAAAACAGGACCUUCUUUUUCGACAAGUCAUCCUUCCAACUGGCUGAGACAAUGCCGCACUGCUACAAACCUCUCCCUCACAUCUCUGGGCGUCUUGCCCGGAGGAGGCUGGGACAACCUCAGGAACAUAGACAUGGGCCGAGUGAUGAACUUCAGCUACCUUCAGUGUCAGACCACUGAGGACGGGUUCUACCUCAUCCCAGACGAGGUGUUUGUGAUUCCUAAAAAGGAGACGGGUGUGGAGACAAACUCAGAGAUAAUCAGCUCAUGGAUGGAGCAGAAGAGCGUCACCUCUAGCUCUAUAAAUGCAGAUGUGUCCUUCCUCACUAAAGUGAAUGGUAAAUUUUCAACUGAAAACCAAAGAAUGAAAACGCAUCAGGUCAAGGAUUCUUCAACAACAACCAGAGUGCAGGUGCGCAACUUCCUCUACACUGUGAAGGCAUAUCCAGACUUCACACUUGACUCACGGUUUGUUCAGCAAGCCAAAGACAUCGCAGAUGCCAUUGAAAACAACCAGACCAAGAAUGCAGAUUAUCUGUCGGAGAAGAUGGUGGUGGACUACGGAACCCACGUGAUCACCAGCGUUGAUGCGGGAGCCUCUUUAGUGGAGGAGGACUACCUCAGCUCCAAGGAUCACAAGUUCCUCUCGGAUGGAAUGAUGCUGUGUCUAAGUCGUGACUAUGAAACAGGCUCCAGAUUUGCGGUGAAAUUUGGAGGUCUCUUCAGCUGCCAGUCAACCAACCCCCUGUCAAACAAUCAAAGCCGCUGUCCUCCUACAUUCAGUCAGCACCUUGCUACUGUGAGCGAUGGGUGUGAUGUCCUUUACUGUGUCCAGUCAGGGCUGUUCACUGAAGGACAGCUGAAACCUAUUCGACUUCCUCCAUUCACCAAACCCCCUCUCAUCAGCAUGCAAGCCACCAACACGGUGAUGGUCAUGACCGAAGGAGACAAGAACUGGGUCAGAGUCGGUUCAACCAAAUUGUGGAAGCUGGCCAAAGCAGAGGAAAUCCAGGAUAUGGUGAAGAAAUUGGACCCUGAAUAUAACAAGCUGAACAGCUUGGCGUAUAAAAACAAAUCAGCAAAGGAAACGUUCAAGAAAAAGGCAACAAUGCAGGGCGACUGGUUGCAGAUAAGCCCCUUUCUGCUGCACAUACUGGCUUCCUCAAUGGUUCUUAUGGUCCGUCAUAUUGAGGGCUGCUACACUGGAUCCGGGACAGAGUGUGAAAAGGCUUCUUUUGUUCCUGGGCACAACCUGGCUGGAGAGGGCUUCGAUGUGGUGAGGAUGCGUCGGACAGGUGCUUAUGUGAUUAAUGUCAAAGCUCACUUGUUUGACAACCACACCUGUACUCUGUGCCCCAACCGCUUCCAGCAAGGACAGAUUCAAAGGCUUCCAACUGCAGUGCUGGACUGGCGUCCUGUCAGCCGCUGCAGUAAGCAGCUGUCUAGUGCUCUUCAUCAUUCUGUGGACUCACUUUUGCGCAGCUCCAGCUCUCUAGUCAACAACAACUGGGGUCUAGGACUAAGCCUGGAUGAGGUUGGGAAAGCUGUUAUUGGGGGGAGUCGUUCUGAUUUGGCUAAAUUUGCUCGCUCACAGCACAGUGUGGACAGAGCUACUUUUGCCCUCCAUGAAAUUAGCUGCACAUACUACAGCUACAGACUGGCUGACCAUCCACAGCUGAGUACAGAGUUCACCAAACAUCUGCAGAGGCUCCCACAGAGCCUGAACACCAGCCAAGACAAAGCUCUGUACAGACGCCUCAUAGACACUUAUGGAACCCACUACAUACACCAGGUCCAACUUGGAGGCAAAGUGAGAAGAAUAACAGCGUUCAGGACUUGCUUGGCUACGCUCAAGGGCUUCUCUGAGACUCAGAUCAAGAAAUGCCUGAACGUAGAGCUCCGCAUGGCUUUGGGUUUCCUUCCAGGCAAUGUUUCGUUUUCUAACAAGUGUGACGACGUCCUGAAGGGUAACAUGAGUAUGGGCUUCUACCAAGGCUUCAUGACGCAUAAAAUUGAGGUUUUUGGAGGAGAACGGUAUUUCCCUGACAUUCUAUAUGACCAGGAUCCAUCUGAGUCUUACCACAGCUGGAUGAACAGUCUGCAGGACAACCCAGAUGUUGUCUCUUAUGCCAUUUUCCCUUUGCACCAUCUAGUGGAUGACCCACAAAUCAGCAGCAACUUGAGGAAUUCGGUCACAGAGUACAUAAAGGAAAACCAGCUGCAGGAUGAGCUUGGCACGAAGAAUUGCUCACCAAAGCCCAACCUUGACCACAACUGCUGCCCCCUAAGGGCCGGAAGAGGAACUCUCACUUUAGAGAUGCACAGAGCUGCAGGGCUGAGAGCAGAUACCUUCACCAAAACUGAUGCUUAUGUAAAGAUCUUCUACAAUGGAAUGUAUGAGGAGACACCGACAGUAAUGGAUGACAAUAAUCCAGUUUGGAACAGCAGCUAUGUCUUUGGGUCAGUGGAGCUCGGUCAGGAGAUGUGGUUUGAAGUCUGGGACAGGGAUGUGUUGUACAAUGAUAUGGUUGGGAGGUGCCUAGUGUUUCCUGAGAGAGGAACUCAUGGGCUCAGCUGCCAACUCAAGAAAGGAGUCCUGUAUUUUACUUACACCAUUAAAUGUGAUCCUCAUCUUACCGGCUUCAGGUGUGGGAGAUACUCACCCAGUGCAGAGUAG